CAUUGGGCUUUUAAGACUCAAAUGGAUAAAAGCCCAUAUAAUAAAUUAGUGGGCUUUUUUGGGCUCGGUUACAAGAAGAAGGAGACACAUACACUGAGCAUCUUUUGUUCUCGUCGCCGGCGGACCUCCGUCGCAUGGCUUUUUUCCCACCAUUUUUCACCUCGCCGCCUUACCUUCAAACUCUAUUAUCUUCUCCGCCAUAUAGUUUAAGGUGCUUAAAGGUGAGGUUUUGAUGGAAGCUUUACGAUGUAAGCUACGAUUCUACGGGAAUGUCCGUAACAUGUUUGCGAUAAUGCCUGAAAGAAACGUUUUAUCCGGAGAGUCCUCUUUCGGACGGGUAUGGGUCAGGUUCAUGACCAGCAGCAAGCGUGUUCAAGAUAGAAGCAGGGAAAAGAGAGUCCAAGAGCUCGAGAUAGCGACAGAGAAAUGGAAAAUUGCUUCCAAAGUGAUUUUCUUGAUGGAGGUGUUGAAGGCUGAACGAGAUAUGAUAAUCACCGUCAGGUCGUUGGAGCAGUACAGGAGGCAGAUUAAUUUGCCGAAACCGCAUAAGAUCAGCGAUUUCAUCAGAAAGUCUCCUAAGUUGUUUGAAUUGUACAAAGAUCAGAGGGGAGUCUUGUGGUGCGGAUUGACAGACGAAGGGGAAGACUUGUUGGACGAGCAUGACAGGUUACUUGAGGAGAAUGGUGACAAGGCUGCAGAACAUGUGACCAGGUGUUUGAUGAUGUCUGUUGAUAAGAAGCUUCCAUUGGAUAAGAUUGUUCAUUUCCGGAGGGAUUUUGGGUUGCCUCUUGAUUUUAGGAUAAACUGGGUCAACAAGUUUCCUCAGCAUUUUAAAGUUGUGAAGCUUGGAGAUGAGGAGUAUCUUGAGCUUGUUUCAUGGAACCCAGCUUGGGCUAUCACAGAGUUGGAGAAAAAGACUCUAGGUUUAACAGAGGAAAACGAUCAUAAGCCAGGCAUGCUUUCACUGGCUUUCCCCAUGAAAUUUCCUCCGUCGUACAAGAAAAUGUAUAGGUACAGAGGGAAGAUCGAACAUUUUCAGAAACGAUCUUACCUGUCUCCUUAUGCCGAUGCACGUGGACUCGAAGCUGGUUCGAAGGAAUUCGACAAACGGGCAAUCGCGGUUAUGCACGAACUGCUUAGCUUUACACUUGAGAAGAGACUGGUGACGGAUCAUCUGACCCAUUUCAGGAGAGAGUUUGUGAUGCCACAGAAGCUGAUGAGGAUUUUUUUGAAGCAUUGUGGUAUCUUCUAUGUCUCCGAGAGAGGGAAGAGAUUCAGUGUGUUCUUGACAGAAGGUUACGAAGGACCAGAGCUGAUUGACAAGUGUCCUUUGAUACUUUGGAAAGAGAAGUUGCUAAAGUUUACAGGUUACAGAGGAAGGAAGAGAGAUAUUCCAACUUAUAGUGAUACUUUCGACAUGCAAGAAAGAGAUUUGAUGGAGAUUGGUUCAGGAGAUGAAAAUUUGAGUGUCGAAUUUGAGAAAGCUGAUGAUGAUGAUGAUGAUAUGGGAACAGAUGAUGAUGAAAUGGACAUUGAUGAAGUGAAUGAUGCAUAUGAAGAGAAUAGCAAAGUUUAGGGAAAUGUCUUUACAUCAUUCGUUGGCCAAGAAUCUGAUGGAAACAUUCCUCUGCUCUUAUAUAUGUAAACCCUUGACAUUACUUUGUGGAGUGAAACUGGUCUAUUCACAUUUGUAUCAUCAAUUUUACAAUAAUAUUGAUAUAGAUAGA